AUGAGCGUUUUGAGCAACGGUGCCGGGCAAGAUAUAGAAUGGGGCACGGAAGUGAUCGGGCUACAAGACAUCGGUAGUGGUGUGGAAGUGAUGCUAGAGAAGAAGGACGGGCACAAGGAAUCAAUCACAGUGGACGGGGUCAUAGUGAUCAACGUCCGCACCACCUCUGAAAACAUGCGAGAAUGGAUCCACGACCAUAACGGGCUCAGCCUCAUUUAUGGCGAAUCUUUCUCCGCUACCAUGAUGCCACUAUCGUACCCGUCGAUGUACAUUGCGCUCACGAUCCCAUCGAUCUGGCUCGAGCCAAGCCACCAAGAAAAAGGUGCCGAAGAAAGAUGCAAACCCACCAUACACGGCGAGUUUCUGAGGCAACUAGAAAAAGACCCCGGCUGGAAGGAGAAAGAAGCCUUCCGUCUGUGGACCGCAAAGCAGACAGUGGGCGGAAGCGGAAGGGUGGUGCUGAUAGGGGAUGCUGCACAUGGGAUGCCCCCUUUCUGUGGUGCCGGGGCUAGCUCGGCAAUCAAAGAUGCCGUAGAGCUUGUUCGUGUAUUGACCUCCCUAGAAGAUGACGAUGGUGAGCAGACCCAUCCCCGCUCAAAGCGAAGGACCGCUGCUGACGUGACCAGAAUUGAUCAGCAGCUUAACGGCAUUCAGGCAGGAGAUGUGCAAGAGGAAUGA